AUGUCAAACAAGACGUCUGUGGAAACACUGGAUAAGACAAUGCGCGAUUUGCACAACAAAAAUUCACCUAUGGGUGGAUGUACAAUUCUGUUCUCGGGAGAUUUCCGUCAAAUCCUACCAGUUGUGACUCAAGAAACACGUGCUGACGAAAUAAAUACUUCCCUAAAAAGAUCCAACCUUUGGCCACAUGUCAAUAAAUUAGAGCUUAAAACUAAUAUGAGGGUUUCGUCAUCUUCACGUGAGAACAGGCUAUUUCCAGAGAUGCUGCUAAAAGUUGGCAAUGGAGAGUUAACACAAAGUGAGGGAAGGAUUAACCUAGAAAACCUUUGUGUUUUGAUAGACAACAUCCAAGAGUUAGUCAACAAUGUCUAUCCUGACAUUGAUAACAUAAGUUAUAAGACAAUAUCUUGGUUUAAAGAAAGAGCGAUUCUGUCACCAACUAACGAACAAGUAGAUAAGGUAAAUAACUUGAUUCUUUCAAAGAUUGAUGCACCAACGAAAAUAUACUACUCGGUCAAUACUGUUCUCGAUUUGGAAGAAGCUGUUCAUUUUCCUACAGAAUUUCUAAACUCUUUGAACCCGUCUGGACUCCCUCCUCACAAAAUGGUGUUGAAAGUAGGUUGUCCUGUUAUUUUAUUAAGAAACCUGAAUCCACCUAAACUUUGCAAUGGCACGCGUUUGCUGGUAAAAUCACUGAAAACUUUCAUAAUAGAGUGCACGAUACUCACAGGAUGUGGUACCGGAGAAGAUGUAUUGAUUCCUCGAAUCCCUCUGAUACCAUCGAAUUUACCCUUCCAAUUUAAAUGUUUACAGUUUCCGGUAAAGACAUCUUUUGCAAUUACCAUUAAUAAAUCGCAGGUUCAAACCUUCAACGUUGCAGGCUUAGAUUUGAGCAUUGACUGUUUUUCACAUGGCCAACUGUAUGUCGCUCUUUCAAGAGUAACCUCUAGAGAAAACAUGUUUGUAUUGUCUAAUGACAAGAAAGCUGUGAAAGUUGUAUAUAAAGACAUUCUGUAA